CAUCAGUUCUUCAUGGUCGAUUCAUUUCAGGAGUUCAUAUUGUUUCUAGAAACGUUAUUGUAGUAUGUAUAUUCGCGCGCAUGCAUUGGGCUAUAGAGAUGUUUACGAUGUAGCCUAACAUACGCUGGUUUCAAGAUAUACAGAACGAAACGUGGAAGGAGCCACGCGCUCGGAGGGAGUUGCUUGCUUUAGCAGAACCAACAGUGGAGUCGACCAUGGAGAUGGAAGAGGACAUGACAGUGAACACGACAGUGAACAUAUCGACAGUCGAUAAAAUAACCUUUCUGGACUCUGAGUUCCGUUACACCCUCUUCCCAGUGUUUUAUGGUGUUGUGUUCGUCCUUGGUCUGAUAGCCAACAGUUACGUGCUGUUCGUGCUGCAGCGCCUGCGCAACGCCAAGGCCAUGAAUGAGAUCCGCAUCUACAUGGCCAACCUGACUGUUGCCGACCUCCUCUUCGUGUGCGCCCUCCCCUUCUGGAUUGGCUACUACCACCACCGCGGUGACUGGCGCUACGGCGACUUCCUGUGCCGCGUCACCGGCGCGUUCUUCUUCAUCAACACCUACUGCUCCAUCCUCUUCCUCGCCGCCAUCAGCGUCAACCGUUACUGGGCCAUCACACGCCCGCUGGAUGCCGCCUCGUCUGACCAUUGGCGCCGCGGGGUGGCCAUCACGGCGGUCAUCUGGGCGCUCACUCUGUCCAUGUCCGUGCCAUACCUCUUGGAGACGGGCAUCCAGGUGGAUGACGGCAACGUGUCGCGCUGCUUUGAGGGCUACCACGACAAGACUGACGACGAGAAGCGGACUGUGGCCACCACCCACCUCAUCAUCGUGGGGUGCUUCAUCUUGGUCUUCUUCCUCGUAGUAAUCUGUAACCUGCUCAUCGCCCGUGCCCUGCUCACCCAGUCCCCUACCCAGACUCGGGGCUCCAGUUCAUCCCAGCUCCGGGGGGUGAAGGGCCAGGCCCUGCAGAUGCUGUGUGCCGUGGUGGGGGUGUUUGUGGUGUGCUUCCUCCCCCACCAUGUGGUCCAGGGCCCCUGGACUCUGGCUGUACUGGAUAUCAAGGAGGGCUGGGGCAGAAUGGACUGGGGCCAGCGGACCAGGCAGUGGCUUAACGAUGCCCACCAAGUCACCUUGAUGCUGAUGGGGCUCAACUGCCUCCUGGACCCUGUAGUGUACUGCUUCGCCACCAGGAAGUUCCGCCUGUACAUCAAGGACAAUCUGAAAAAGGUGGGGAGGGGCAAAGGAUGCUCGGAAACAGCCAUCACACACAUUUCUAUGGUGGAGUGCAAGAAUGUGAGCCAGCGGCUCCAUAGCGAACAGCAGCAGCUGAAGGUUUAAAUCUCUAGAUGACAUGGUAUUGUAGAUAUUGUGUCUAAUGCUAAUGCUGUUGUUAGUAACCACAUCCUCAGAAUGCUUCAUUCCAUCACACCCACACCUAACAAUGAACACAUAGUGCAGAACAUGCACUCUGCUAUGUAGCCUCAUGUUCAUUCAGACACAUCACAUGAACAGAUGCACCACCACACAGCCCCACCCAGAGUGUGGUUCCCCUCUAGAUUUCCUUCCUGUAGGGAUUUGUCCUGGCCACUGUGCCAGCUAUAAUCAGUGCUUUAAAUAAUCUUUGGACCAUUGAUUCUUUGUUUUCACAUUUCAGAUGUACUGUACAUUGUAUCUCACAAUGUAUCUCACACUUUGUUAUUGUGACUUCAAUUUAAUCAUGUUUCUUCCUGUUCUUCUAGUGUAAUCAGAGAAGAAAAGCAGAGGUUUUAUAGGGAACAGGAGCUUCUAUAAAGGAUUGCAAAAUAGCUCUACAAACUCAGUCCCAAGCCACUAGACUAGAUCCUUAGAUAAAAUGGAUAUCAAAUUACAUUUUAAAUAUCACAUGCACUGAAUGCAACAGGUGUAGGUAUACCUUAGAGUGAAUUGCUUACUUACAAGCCCUUAACCAACAAUAGUCCUACCACUGUUGGAGCCUUCUAAAUUGGGUGCUGAACAAUAGUCCUACCACUGUUGGAGCCUUCUAAAUUGUGUGCUGAACAAUAGUCCUACCACUGUUGGAGCCUUCUAAAUUGGGUGCUGAACAAUAGUCCUACCACUGUUGGAGCCUUCUAAAUUGGGUGCUGAACAAUAGUCCUACCACUGUUGGAGCCUUCUAAAUUGUGUGCUGAACAAUAGUCCUACCACUGUUGGAGCCUUCUAAAUUGUGUGCUGAACAAUAGUCCUACCACUGUUGGAGCCUUCUAAAUUGUGUGCUGAACAAUAGUCCUACCACUGUUGGAGCCUUCUAAAUUGUGUGCUGAACAAUAGUCCUACCACUGUUGGAGCCUUCUAAAUUGUGUGCUGAACAAUAUCAAAUCAAAUCAAAUCAAAUGUAUUUAUAUAGCCCUUCGUACAUCAGCUGAUAUCUCAAAGUGCUGUACAGAAACCCAGCCUAAAACCCCAAACAGCAAACAAUGCAGGUGUAAAAGCACGGUGGCUAGGAAAAACUCCCUAGAAAGGCCAAAACCUAGGAAGAAACCUAGAGAGGAACCGGGCUAUGUGGGGUGGCCAGUCCUCUUCUGGCUGUGCCGGGUAGAGAUUAUAACAGAACAUGACCAAGAUGUUCAAAUGUUCAUAAAUGACCAGCAUGGUCGAAUAAUAAUAAGGCAGAACAGUUGAAACUGGAGCAGCAGCACAGUCAGGUGGACUGGGGACAGCAAGGAGCCAUCAUGUCAGGUAGUCCUGGGGCACGGUCCUAGGGCUCAGGUCCUCCGAGAGAGAGAAAGAAAGAGAGAAUUAGAGAGAGCAUAUGUGGGGUGGCCAGUCCUCUUCUGGCUGUGCCGGGUGGAGAUUAUAACAGAACGUGGCCAAGAUGUUCAAAUGUUCAUAAAUGACCAGCAUGGUUGAAUAAUAGUAAGGCAGAACAGUUGAAACUGGAGCAGCAGCAUGGCCAGGUGGACUGGGGACAGCAAGGAGUCAUCAUGUCAGGUAGUCCUGGGACAUGGUCCUAGGGCCCAGGCCAGUUGAAACUGGAGCAGCAGCAUGGCCAGGUGGACUGGGGACAGCAAGGAGUCAUCAUGUCAGGUAGUCCUGGGGCAUGGUCCUAGGGCUCAGGUCCUCCGAGAGAGAGAAAGAAAGAGAGAAGGAGAGAAUUAGAGAAUGCACACUUAGAUUCACACAGGACACCGAAUAGGACAGGAGAAGUACUCCAGAUAUAACAAACUGACCCUAGCCCCCGACACAUAAACUACUGCAGCAUAAAUACUGGAGGCUGAGACAGGAGGGGUCAGGAGACACUGUGGCCCCAUCCGAGGACACCCCGGACAGGGCCAAACAGGAAGGAUAUAACCCCACCCACUUUGCCAAAGCACAGCCCCCACACCACUAGAGGGAUAUCUUCAACCACCAACUUACCAUCCUGAGACAAGGCCGAGUAUAGCCCACAAAGAUCUCCGCCACGGUACAACCCAAG